GGCCGCGGCAGGGCGGCGGGUGUAUUUCUUGUUGAGGAUGCUGUCUUCUGUGUGCUGGAAGCAUGCGAUAGCUCUUGAAUGAAACAGGUUUUUAGCCAGAGGUCACUUCCUUUUUGGAAAAUAGUAUUUUGUCUGUCUAGAAUUGCCCCGCGGUUUAUACUGGAUGUGUUUGUUAUUCAACAUUAUCUGCCAUAAUAUGUUCUGUAGUGUUUAAAGGUUGUUGCCUUUUUCCUGCUGGGGGCUGCGUUUUGGCGAUGGGUGAAGUGAUGCUUGUAAUAGGUAAUUUUGUAUCAUUUUGUCAGGUACUUCGGGACUGUUACAUGAAAGACUACGUAUGUGUCAUUUAUUAUUAUGUGUGCCUCUCAUGUUUUGGAAUUUAACAGACAUAAUAUUUGCCCUCAUGUCACCAUCAUCACAUUCAUUUUUGUAGUUCUAAUCAAAGGUGGCAACAAUGGCAUUCAGAUGCUUAAUUACAUUUCGUAUAGGUGACCAGUGUUAACUUAUUAAUUUAAAUGCGUGGUGGAGCAGGAGCAAGAGUCACCACUUCCCUCUGUGCUGAGGAAGACAUCAGCUCGCUCCUCACAUAUCAAAAUCAGUAUAUAGUCAGCCAUAUGGCACUAGAGAGUGUUUAUUAAAGGAAUGUUUCUCUGAACAUUAUGUACUUUAUUUCUUAUUUCACUUCAUGUAGAUCUAAAAUAUUUUUUUCCAUCUCCCAGAAAUUAAAACAUUGAACAACGUUCAUUCUUCAGCAAGCUGAAGCCAAGAUUUCACAAGGUUUCAUGAAAAUUAAGAAAGCUGGAUUUUUGCUUGCAUCAGACUUGCCACCUUCUCCAUGGUUUGCUUACCAUUGGGCAUUUUCAGAUAGGUCUGGGAAAGUUAAUCUGGUCUAGCUGCUGGAACUCUUGGGGGCUGUAAACUUUGUUGCAGGGCUCCCACUCUUUGUUGCUCAUUUCACUCUGGGUAGCAAAGAUUUCUUGCAGCGCAACUAAUUAGUAGUUUCCAGGACAAAGAUACUGAGUUUGUAUCUUCUUGCAAACAUUCUUUGUUAUUCUGUGAUACGGAAAGACAAGACAGUUCCACGUACAGUUCUUGCUAGCAGCGACCGUUCAGCUGUACUUCAAAAAAGCAGAUGGAUAUGCAGGAGAGCUGGCAGCUUUGCCAGCUUCUGUGUGUUGGUUGUUCCUGCUGUUCUGAUAUUGUACCCAGCCGAGGAUAAGAGCGUAGUCCAGGUUCUAGAAGUAAGAGUUCAUUAAGCAAUCUGGUCUAGUGGGAGGUGUCCCUGCCAGUAACACAGGGGGUGGAACUAGAUAAUCUUAAAGGUCCCUUCCAACCCAAACCAUUCUAUGACUCUGUGAUUGACUUUGACUGCUGACAAAGCAUACAGACUCUAUAAAGAUGGUCUCUGAGUUACAAGACAGCUCUAAGUUGCACCCCAGCAUUCGGUUGCCUUGUGUUUUGCUCUGUGGGCUAGUUUCUGCUGGAGCAGAAGCUGCUCCAGUCUGCCAUCUCAGAUGAGGCACUAAACCUUGUAUCCAUGCUAUGGAGAUAUUAAGUAAAGAGAAAACCAAUUAAAUCAAUGAGAAUAAUGGUAGUUCAUUGUAUGCUUAAGUUUUAGAUCUGAAAUUUAGAGGGAAUGAAAACUGGAGACAUAUUCCUAAGAAGCACAGACUGUUUUCCUGUAUUACAUUGUCAUAGCAAGAGAGUGUGCACUUGUAGCCCAGCACCAUGAGAAGCAAAUAAGAUUCCUUUUGCCUUAGGAAUACAAACACAUGUAUCAGCAUGCAGGCCUUGGCCCUUGUUUGCGCAGACUGUUAUACAGUGUGAAGUGACUUCAGUCCUGAUUUUUGGCCUAAAACCACUAUCUGUGCAUGUAAAAUAUAAUUAAUGUAAUGCUUGAUCCUAGGGGAGAAUUUUUAUAUGACCUUUUACCAGGAGGAAUUUUGGAAGCUGCCCAAACUACAAAAUCCCCUGGAGUUCCUAUAAAGGAGAAGCUGAUGAAAAAAACAUUUAUGGGGAUGUUGGUCUCAGAUCUCUGAGGAAGAGAAAUUUCCAUGUGACUUUGCUGUGAAAGGCCUGUUUUGAGUGUGGUAUCUGCAUAGAAAUAAGGUAAAAUGAAAGUCUGACUCUAUUGUCUUAACAACAGCUGAACUUUAGCCAAAUUAAAAAAGUGUGCAAAGUAUUAAACGGUAAGGAAGAAAUCAGUUCUGUGCUUGUCUGACUCUAGGCCAAGGUGACAUGAGAAUGUGACCCUCAGACUGCGUGAUGCUGAAAGGUCAGCCUGUCUGCCAGUAGCUGAGCAAUGGAGGGGGUGUGCAGUGAGAAUGUUCACUUAUCCUUCCAGAAUUUUUCAAAUCUGAUUUUUUUUCCUCGUUACACUACUUGAAGAAAAAUGCCUUCCUUGAGAGGAAAGGCACAAACUGUGCUGGGCCUUGUAGAGCCAGAGCAGCUCGGCUGUACAUUGACUCACGAACACUUGUCCAUGGACUACAGCAGCUUCUUCUGUCCACCUUCACCAGGCCAAGAGCCUUUGUCUGAGGGGCCCAUCAAGAUGAAGAACUUGUUUUGGAUCAAGCAGAAUCCCUACAGCCAUAAAGACAACCUUCUUCUGUGUCAGGAGAUGGAUGCCGUGAGGGAGGAGCUGCUCCAUUUUAAGGCAGCAGGUGGUAGGACUAUUGUGGAGAACACGACCACGGGAAUUGGUCGGGAUAUGAAGACUUUGAAGAAACUUGCUGAAGAAACAGGAGUCCAUAUUAUAGCUGGAGCUGGGUUUUACGUGGAUUCCACGCAUUCUUCUCAAACACAGGCUAUGACAGUGGAGCAGCUCACAGGCAUCAUUGUUGAUGAGAUCCUCCACGGAGCAGAUGGGACUGACAUCAGGUGCGGUGUGGUGGGAGAGAUCGGCUGCUCCUGGCCCAUGACUGCGAGCGAGCGCAGGGUGCUGCAGGCGGCUGCGCACGCACAGGCACAGAUCGGGUGCCCCGUCAUCGUCCACCCCGGCAGGCACAGCGAUGCGCCCUUCCAGAUAGUCCGCAUCCUGCAGGAAGCUGGGGCUGAUGCUUCCAAAACAGUCAUGUCUCACCUGGACAGGAGCAUAUUUGAUACAAAGAAACUUCUGGAAUUUGCUAAACUUGGAUGCUACUUAGAGUAUGACCUAUUUGGUACAGAAUUUAUCCAUUACCAGUUCCAACCUGACAUUGACAUGCCGAGCGACAAUGACAGAAUUGCAAGGAUUCGUAUGCUGAUGGAUGAAGGCUAUGAAGACAGAAUUCUGAUGGCCCAUGAUGUGCACACGAAGAAUAGGUUGAUGAAAUACGGAGGUCAUGGAUAUUCGCAUAUUCUUAAAAAUAUCGUUCCUAAAAUGCUGAUUAGAGGCAUAUCCCAGGAUAGAAUUGAUAAAAUACUGAUAGAAAAUCCAAAGCGAUGGUUGACUUUUAAGUAAGAACAGUGAAUUAAUAUUUCUACUUUAUAGAGAAGAGUGGUACAAUUCAGAUGUGAUUUAGGAGAGGAGCCAUUUAAAUAUGUGCUUCUUUCAGAGAACUGGAAGGUAUUAGUGUUACGAACAACGUGAUGAUGACUUUUGAAUUAGAACAACAGAAUUACAUAUUUUCUCUGUAUUUUCUCCCUUCUAAACGUCUGUUCAUGAAUGAUUUACUGGAUAUGCACCCAUCUGCAAAAUCUUUUCAGUGUAUUAAAAUAAUUGUUACCAAAGAGCAAUCUCAUAUUAUUAUUACAUUAUCUAAAAAUAUUUUUGAAGAAGCAUCAUGUGGGCUUUGAAAGAAAUUACAGUUUUCAAUUAAAUUCCCCUUCUCCAGGGUGUGAUUUUAAUUUGUGUAAUAUUGAUAAUCUGCUAAUUAUCCUUUUAUUAAGCAUUAUUUAAAUGAUAUAAGGUCUGGCACUUUUAAAUCACUUCCAAAGAGAACAGAGGGCAAAAUUUCAAAUAAUUGUAAAAAGACACUGUUUCUUUCUAGUUGAACAAUUUACUUCUUUUUAACUGAAAGUGUAAAAAGAAAAGAAGUGAAUGAAAUGAUUUUUUAAUAAAGCAAUCUGUAGACCCCUGUAUGUGGUAGCGUUAUGGAUUUCUUUUUUAAACAUUCGUUUUUCAUCUUGAAUUUAUGGAAUCUCCCAGUGAUCACGUGUAACUGCAUACAGACCAGCUGCUUUUUGUAAGGAUGCAACACCAAAAGUCAAAAUAUAUUACAUAAUAUGGUUUUAAUGAGUUGCAAUAGUUAUAACAAAGGUUGUGGUAGAAGUCUUUACAAAUCAGUAUAUCAAGAUAUGAUGAAAAAGGAAGAAAUGUUUGCCUUAUAUGUGUUUUUCACAUAAAGUGUGUUCUUUCCUCUUGUCUAUCUUUAACCAGGGCAAGCGAUUUAUCAAAAAAAAAAAAAAAAAAAAAA